UAACAGCACUGUUAUUAUUAUCAAUAAUAAUAUAUUAUUAUUCUACUAGAGAGAUUUUUUCCACUGAGAUUGAGAAUUGAGAUGAUAUAUUAAGAUUAAGAUCUCCCCCUCGUUCACCUUUACUCGAACUGAACCCGACAGCCAGUCUGCAUCUUCAUGCGAUCCAUUUGCGCUUAUCUGAUCUGAUCUGAUCUGUUUCCAUACCUUACCUCUCUCCUUCAACAAGAAUGGCAUUGAAAAGCAGUUCAGCUGAUGGCAGAACCAGGAGUUCUAUACAGAUAUUUAUCGUUGUUGGGUUAUGCUGUUUUUUUUACAUCUUGGGUGCUUGGCAAAGAAGUGGCUUUGGCAAGGCUGACAAUCUUGCCAUGGAGAUUACUAAGAGUACAGGAGAUUGUAAUAUAAUCCCGAAUCUUAAUUUUGAGACCCAUCACGGUGGCGAUGCUGGGUCCAGUGAUGAUUCCGAUUCAAAACCCAAAACUUUUCAGCCUUGCCAUUCUCGUUUUACUGAUUACACUCCUUGUCAAGAUCAGAAGCGUGCUAUGACUUUUCCUAGGGAAAACAUGAUUUAUCGAGAGAGACACUGCCCUCCUCAGGAGGAGAAGCUUCACUGCUUGAUACCAGCACCUCAAGGUUACGUCACCCCAUUUCCUUGGCCUAAGAGUCGUGACUAUGUGCCCUUUGCUAAUGCACCCUAUAAGAGUUUGACUGUCGAGAAGGCUAUUCAGAAUUGGGUCCAAUACGAGGGCAAUGUAUUUAGGUUUCCUGGUGGAGGCACCCAGUUUCCACAAGGAGCAGAUAAAUAUAUCGAUCAGCUAGCUUCGGUGUUACCAUUUACCAAUGGGACAGUCAGAACUGCAUUGGACACUGGUUGUGGGGUUGCCAGUUUGGGUGCGUACCUCUGGAGCAGGAAUGUCAUUACCAUGUCAUUUGCUCCAAGAGAUUCACAUGAAGCGCAGGUUCAAUUUGCCCUUGAAAGAGGUGUACCUGCUGUUAUUGGUGUUUUUGGUUCUGUAAAGCUUCCAUAUCCAUCCAAAGCCUUUGACAUGGCUCACUGCUCUCGUUGCUUGAUUCCAUGGGGAGCUAAUGAUGGGAUGUACUUGAUGGAAGUCGACCGAGUUCUCAGACCUGGUGGUUACUGGGUGCUUUCUGGACCUCCCAUCAAUUGGAAGAAUAAUUACAAAUCAUGGCAGCGUCCCAAGGAGGAACUUCAGGAGGAACAGAGAAAGAUCGAAGAGACUGCCAAACUUCUUUGCUGGGAUAAGAAGUAUGAAAAGGGUGAAAUGGCCAUUUGGCAAAAGAGAGUAAAUGCUGAUUCCUGUCGUGCUAGACAAGACGAUUCCAGAGCUACCUUUUGCAAAUCUGCAGACGUAGAUGAUGUGUGGUACAAGAAAAUGGAGGCAUGCAUCACUCCAUAUUCUGAUAGUGGUAGCUCAGAUGAAGUGGCUGGUGGGGCAUUGAAGGUGUUUCCAGAGAGGCUCUAUGCUAUCCCUCCUAGAGUUGCUAGUGGUUCCAUUCCUGGAGUUUCUGUUGAAACAUACCAGGAUUACAAUAAUGAAUGGAAAAAGCAUGUAAAUGCUUACAAGAAAAUAAAUAAGCUUAUUGACUCUGGACGAUAUCGCAACAUUAUGGAUAUGAAUGCGGGCUUGGGAGGAUUUGCUGCUGCUCUUGAGUCUCCGAAAUUGUGGGUUAUGAAUGUGGUGCCAACCAUAGCUGAGAAAAGUACUCUGGGUGUGAUAUAUGAGAGAGGAUUGAUUGGAAUCUAUCAUGACUGGUGUGAAUCUUUCUCCACAUACCCAAGGACUUAUGACCUUAUCCAUGCCAGUGGAGUUUUCAGUUUGUACAGGGACAAGUGUGACAUGGAGGACAUUCUUCUGGAGAUGGAUCGGAUUUUGCGACCAGAAGGUGCAGUUAUAUUCCGUGAUGAAGUUGAUGUUCUUGUUAAGGUGAGGAAGAUGGUAGGAGGAAUGAAAUGGGAUACUAAAAUGGUGGACCAUGAAGAUGGUCCCCUAGUUCCUGAGAAGAUAUUGGUUGCUGUCAAGCAGUAUUGGGUUGGAAACUCAACGUCCGCGCAGUGAAUGAUGAAUGGCAAUCUGUGAAACCUUCUAUCAUCUUUAGCUGGCAAUGCUUCGUUGUACAAGACAUGACAUGUAUGGAUAUGUUUAAGCAUGGGUUUUUGAUUCCUUGGGGAGUACUGCGGAGCAUCGGAGGGGGGGUUCUACACGAUUUAACCGUAUAAUGUUUUACUAGCUAUUAAUAGCCCAUGCUGUAUUUUAGUGGUAAUUUAUAGAUGCCCACGAACCUGUAAGGUUUUUGACAUCAAUAUUUUUGUUCUUCUUUUUUCA